GGCCUCUGGCUACCUCGAGCGGCUGAUGGGGGCUGCAGUGUCCGUGUUUGUUUGCCAAUGUUCGGAUAGGUUUUUGUGACAAUAUGGCUUGUUGUAGUGUAGACUGUAGUAACCGACCGUCGAAGGAGUCUGUGUUGCAGUUUUUUCGGAGCAGCAACAGUAUCAACAUCAUCAUGUUCCACAGCAAAGAGGUUUCCAUGGUGAGGCAUUGUAGCAUUUUUCACCUGCUUCAGAAGAAGAUGGCUAGCUUAACCAAAGAGUCACAGUAACACAAGGAGGACACUGUUGGUAUCCAACAUGACAGCAGUGGUGAAAACCCUGAUUCCAGCCCACCCUGUUGAGUUCCUCCUAUCUACCAACAUCCCAUUUCUGGACAGGAACAAUCCAGAUGCAUAUUCAACUCGUUUCCGGGAGGACUUCCAGCCCUGUUCUUUCAAGAAAGCAGAACCUGUUCAUCAGCCCAUCCCAGCCCAGGUGGACCACAAGGACUUGAGGCAUAUCAAGGAGUGCCUGACAGAGACGAUGGUUUCCUACCACCAUCACCCAUUGCCGCAGAUAACCCGGACACCGCAAUGGACCAAGCUUUACACCAACUUCAAGAUGCAAACAGACCCUAGGGAAGUUACUUUCCUCACCACGCAGUCUCAGAAUUUCAAGCCCCAGCACUUCCAGGCGCCUCCCACCCCCUUCCGACUAACAGAGGCCAUCAAGAAGAUCCAGCAGGUGGAAAAAUUUCCAGACAGCACCAGCAAAGCUACCUUCACUCCACACUAUGGUGUUCCUGUUGUAAAAGCCACAGUUAAACAUCUGGAAGAGGGCUUUCCCACAAUAAAAGGGGAUGAGCGCCAUCACAGCUUUGUCUCCCAGUACAGCAACACCUUCCAGGGAGCCUGGAGCAGAGCUGCUCAACUUGAGAAAAAGCACUCCUCAGUGUCUAUGGGUGAUCCUGUGAAGAUUGUAGAAAGAGAGACAACCCAUGCUGCGUCAUUCCGCCAGCCCACUGCCUGCAGUCCACCUGUGGUGAAAGAGCGUUCGAAGCUCAACCUCGGAAAUUUCUCUAAGGACUCAUGGUCAUCCACAUCCAAAGAAGCCUUUUGUUAUCAUAAGCUGGGAGAUCCGGUUGUUCUGACAAGGAGGAACAAAAAUUCCAGUUCCUUACCCAGGGGGGACACUGAUACCAGUCGCAACAAAGAGAGGAUGUCAGUCACCACCAACAGAAUCUCCUUCUCUGAAGUGAACCACACAGAGCCUCCGGUGUAUGUGUCUGGGCCUGACCUGAGGACAAAAAGCCAUGUACAGUUCAGCCCACCCUGUCUGUCAGGCCUGUACUACACAACCACAGCCAAAGAACACUACGGCAAAAAGGACAGAGAGCAGGCCAAGCCAGCCAUCCAGCUGCCAGGAAAGAUACUGAGCGGACCAGAAUCUGGGCCGAGCGUCAGCACCACCAAGACUGACUUCCUCCCACUGAAGGCCUGCAAACAGACGCCUUGUCUGUCAAUGAAGAGGAGCCACAUCAGGUUCCCACUGGCCAAACCGUACUUCAGCACCACCCACAGUGAACACUACACGGCCAAACCUUUGAUCCUGCAGAGCCGUGGCUGCAGCCAGUUCUUCUCUCAUUUUGACCUAAAGUGACAGACAAUCACAACUUGGUCACCGGCUCCUGUGUUCUUGUCCCUCACCCUUUAAGUGACAAUCACUUGAAUUAAACAGGUCUCUAUAAGCCCAACCUUAAAAAUGUGUGAUUUAAAAAAAAAUCCCAAUAGAAGAGGUGUGGUUCUGUUCUGAUCCUGAAUCAUUUUGAAAUGCACCUCAUUAGAUCUUAUAAUUGCUUUAAAUUUCAAGCAUCCAUCCAACCAGUACCCCUCACAUGUCACGUCACAUCUCAGAGUUGUGUGUCUUUCAGUGAACUGCAUGAGAAUGCUCAUAAUCAUCCAAGGGUGAUGAAUAAAUAAACCUUUACCCAGAACAGUACAGAGGCCAUCAGAGUGUGAAAUGUUGAAGCAGUGUGCAAGUGCAGCUUUAGCAGUUAGGUGGCUUAAACAUAAACCUUAGCCUCGUCUGUCAUAUUUAGGCCAGUGAGGGAAGCAGCCUCAAACUUGACUGUCCUACUUCCACCUUGUUUAUACUGUCAAUGCUAAACUGCUAAGAAGAAGGUUAGCGUCUGUUUCGCAGAAAGUUUCUCAUCCCCUCCUUCAAGCAUGAUUGACCACAAAACUCUGUAAAAACAAUCUAUGUUGUAGCAAUAACACAGCCUUGACCCUGAGAUGCAGGUUCUGCUGAUAAAAAAAAAGUUGGCAGGAAAGCAGAUGUAAAUAAACUGAAUCUGGAGUUCAUCAACCUGGCCAAACAGCAGCAGUCCAGGUAUGGACUGGCGUGCUAACUGGCCAACAAGUCCAGAUUCAGGUCCAUGGGGUACAGCUGCGAGAGAGGUUGUUUUAUUUUGUCCGAUGCUUGCCAAAUACAGAUUAAUUUUAAGCCAGAAUUGUUCUUUCAAGACCAUGGAAUAUAUGAAAAAUUCAAUAAUAAUAUUUUAUAUAUUAUAUAUAUUAUAUAUAUUUUAGCAUAAUUCAUAGCUUUUUUCGCCCACCUGGUCAUUUGGUCGAAACAAUCUACAUUAGUGAGGGAACAGGUAGCAGGUCUUGCUCAAGGACACAUUUCUCAGUCACACCUGUGACCUUGCUAAUUUGAAUCUCAGCAAAUCUAUUAACUAUAAGAGCAUAGUAGGACAUAAAGUUUAUUUCUUACUGAAUUCUCCACUGUUUGAUGAAUUCAUUCAUCAAACAGUGGAGCCAUUAGAUUAAGUUUGGGCCAACAUGUGACAAUGAAUGUAGGCUAGUUUACAUCGUUUACUGUAUUAUAUGUUGGUUUUCAUGUUAGUUUAUUGUUAUCAUUCUUCUUUUACAUGGUUUUGGAAUCACUUUGUGAAACAGUUCACUCUUCAUACAAUUCAAACACCUCAUCAUACGUGUAUGUUCUGUACUAGUUUUUUUUCCCUAUUUAUAUUAACAAUAAAAACAAAGGAGAAAAUACUUGAGUUUAAAAAGCAGGUCAGGCAUUUAUGUUGGGCCUCUCUUGACCCCCAUUGUACAUGUGAGCUUCAUUAAUGCCCCUGGCAUCCAGAAAGCAACAAGUACUCCAGAGCUGAAAUUAUUGCUUGAUUAAUCGAUUAUUUUGUUGACAGAAAAUUAAUUGGCAAUAAUUUAUAAUUGUCUAAGACAUUUUUGAGCAAACAUGUCAAGACAAGAUUUACUUUCUUCAAGACCAGGGCCACAAGGUGAAGGACAGACCCUGUCAUAGCUGAUUUUGCACUUUAGUGGAGCAAAUUCUUAACAAAUGUGUAAACAUGGGGUUUUGGGGGCCACUGUGGGUUUGGGGCCGCUGGGCAGUUGCCAAGCCUUGCUGGCCGUUUCGUUAACAGAAGGACUCACAGUACCUUAAAAGGCCUACUUGACAACCUCUGUUGUCAAGUAGGCCUUUUAUGUGUGUCUUUACCUCUUUGAAUGAACCUCUGCUCGUUCAGAGAUCUACCAGUAAACGAUAAAAAAAAAAAAAAAACGAAGGGCCGAAAUGCACUAUACGCAGUUUAAUUUUGAAAGGGGCAGCAGGAAAAACACCUUGUUACUCUGCGUUUCUCAGUCUGUCCACGCUGUCCUCGUCGUCCUGCUCCUCCACCUCCUCCUCCGAGGUGGAGUGGGCGGGCGUGACU